GCGUCUUGGGCUGAUCUGAUCGUGGAGCUGUCGGUCAUUGCCCUUCGUUGUCUUUAGCAAACUACUUGCGGUGCUCAGUGACAGCUAGUCGGGAGUGAGGAGGAGCGGGAGCUUGUGGAUGGCACCGAAACCGCCGUCGCGGUGGGCUAAGCACCGAUCGCGCACCCGGCCAAUGCGGUUCCUCAUCCUACUCGGCGCCACCGCUGCGUUCAUCCUCGUCCUCCUCUCCCUCCACGCCACCGCCGCCCUCCUCCGCCUAGCCAAUUCCCUCGGCCGCCAGUGCAUGUCGCUUCCUCCGGGAUUCCCCACUGAAGGCGCGGCGAGCCGGUCCCGACGGAUCGCUAUGGUUAGCCUCUCCGACGAGGGCGCAGGCGGACCGCAACGGCGGCGUCAGGCAUUCCAAGGGUUGAGGGCGGCGACGCAGGGAAACAAGCAGGCGUACGCGACGCAGAUGGGGUAUCGGUACAUUGAUGCAGGGGAUCUGGUGGAUCGUAGUCGUCCGCCGAACUGGAGCAAGAUACUGGCAGUACGAGCGCACCUCCCUCACUACGAUUGGGUCUUCUGGAACGACGCUGACACAUUGGUGACGAACCCGAAUAUGUCAUUGGAGAAUGUUCUGCUCGCAGCAAUUGGUCACAGAGACUUCCACUCAUCACCGGAUUUGGUGGUAACAAAGGACUUCAAUGGAGUAAAUUCAGGAGUUUUCUUCAUUCGACAAUCAAAAUGGAGCGAGGACUUCUUAGACUCUUGGUGGAAUCAAACAUCUUUUAUUCAGUUUGGCUCAACCAAGAGUGGUGAUAAUGCAGCACUGAAGUACCUAAUUGACAGCCUUCCUGAGGAGGAAUUGGACAGCCAUGUUGUCACAUCGCAGAUGCAGUGCCUGUUCAACUCCUAUCCUUGGGUUCCUUCUUGGAAAUCUUUUUAUCGCUUUAUUUCGUCGCCUCUGGUUACUUGGAACGGAGUUUACUCUGAUGGGGACUUUUUGGUACACCUUGCUGGCCUGGACGAGAAGAAGAAAUGGGUCGAUGAGAUACUACAACACAUUAGAACUCCUGGGGUACACAAACGAGCCGUGGAUUUCCCAUCAGCGAUAUUUUGGAAUCUGAAAAAUAAGUCUAAAAUGGAGUCCAUUUAGAGACCGUCAGAUAUCAUAUAAAGGUGAGGAUUUUCUUUUUCACGAAGAAAUUUUUCUAUGUCAGAUUAUUUUUUGAUGAGUUUUAGUGAAUAAUGUGGCAAUGUAAUCUCGUUUUAACUUAAGAAAAAGAGCAUUAAAAGUGGCAUUUCUUUUA